AUGGGCUCCAGUCAAUCAACUAAUCGGGCAGCCAAGUUCAGUGGAUCAAGGACCAGUACGCCACCGUCAACGGCGCCAAUGAUGCGUAGACAGCUGUCACAGCGGAACACUAAUCGAAACGUGAAGGAAUUCUCGAAAUUUUGGUCAGAUGGUGACAAUCGGGUAAAUCGACGUAGCGAAUCAGUUAGGAGAAGCAAUAAAAUAUGGACUUUCUAUCACUGUAUUGCUUGA